AUGUCAGAUCUCGAUUCCUCAGCAGCCGCGACGCCCCUCCCCGAACCCCCUCCCAAACGUCGCAAGGUCCUCGAACUCGGCACGACCGCGACCCCACGAUCCAGCUCCCCCGACGAACUCAACUCCCCAGCCGUAAUCCCAAUCGGCUCGGCGGCGGCUGCUACAGCCGACAGAACUAAGACGACGGCAACGAAACGCACAACCAAAUCCCGCCGCCUGGCUGCCCACCGCAGCCGUCCUAGCGUGACGCCCAGCAGGAGCCCCAGCGACGACGAGCUCAACGAGGCGUACUACUCCCGCUCCUCCCAUUCCCGCACCCGCUCACAGUCAAGAUCCCGAUCCCCCUCCCGCUCGCGCACACGAACGCCCAGGUCGCCGACUGCCUCGCCCUCCCGCUCCCGCAGCGAGUCCCGCACGAGGUCGCAGUCGCCGGCCUCCACAUCGGCAGGCAGCUCCCCGCGCAGCCUCUCCGGCGCCGUCGACCGCCGCCUGCGGCUAUCCUCUACGAAUGGCGAAGGCGCCGACACGGGCGCGACCGUAACGACGCCUGUUACCCCCGCGCCGACGAAGAAGGGUCCCGUGAGGCCGCGGUUCGAGGAGCAGCAGGUCUUGAGUGGGCACGCGGGGAAACCCGUCUCGCAGGUGCGCAUUUCCCCUGACGGGCGAUGGAUCGCAAGCGCCUCGGCCGACGGGACCAUCAAGCUAUGGGACGCCGCGACGGGCGAGCACAUGGAUACCCUGGUGGGCCACAUGGCGGGAGUCAGCUGCGUGGCAUGGAGCCCCGACAGCGGGACGCUGGCGUCCGGUUCUGACGACAAGGCGAUUCGGCUGUGGGACAGGGUGACGGGGCGGCCAAAGUCGACGGCCAAGGGGGUCGGCGCGCUGGCCAAAGACGGCGCCGUCGCGCCCUCGGCUCGCCCGAUGCCGCCGCUACGAGGCCACCACAACUACGUCAUGUGCCUUGCCUUCUCGCCCAAGGGCAACAUCCUCGCGUCGGGGUCCUACGACGAGGCUGUCUUCCUGUGGGACGUCAGGGCCGGAAGGCUGAUGCGCAGCUUGCCGGCGCACAGUGACCCGGUCAGCGGCAUCGACUUUUGCGGCGACGGCACCUUGGUCGUCAGCUGCUCGACCGACGGUCUGAUCCGCAUCUGGGACACCUACACAGGCCAGUGCCUCCGCACCCUCGUCCACGAGGACAACCCCGCCGUGACAUCCGUGUGCUUCGCGCCCAACGGCCGCUUCGUCCUCGCCUUCAACCUCGACAACAGCAUCCGCCUGUGGGACUACGUCGCGGGCUCCGUGAAGAAGACGUACCAGGGCCACGCCAACAGCCGCUUCGCCAUCGGCGGCUGCUUCGGCCUCAUCCCCUGCGAGGGCGCCUUCGUCGCCUCGGCCAGCGAGGACGGCGAGAUUGUGCUGUGGGACGUCGUCACCAAGGAGGUCGUCCAGAGGAUCCCCGCCCAUACCAAGAAGGACCGCGUCAACGGUGCCGGCGCCGGCGGCGGGAAGCGGGGCAGCAGUGUGUGUUUCUGGGUUGACGUGCACGGGGACGUCAUGGUCAGCGCGGGGCAGGACGGGACGAUUCGGAGAUAUAAAAGGGUGCCGAGCGAAGGCGAGGAUGGCGGCGGCGAUGCUGUGGCGACUGCCGCGGCGGAGGCGACGGCGGCCGUGACAAAUGGUCACGCGGCGGGUGCGGCAGAGGAGGAAGACAAGACGGACGAGGUCGAGACCACGGAGCCGCCGAUAAAACAGGAAGAGGACAUUGACAUGGGCGGGACGUAG